AUGGCUUCCAUCUUGACUGCUGGAGAGGCUGUCGCACGCAUCGCAUACCUGGCCAGCGACGUUGUCGUCUCUGUCCAGCCUUCUCUUGCAACCGACUCCGAGUUCUCCAACUUCUUCACAACCUAUCAGCAGAACAAGGCUUCAGGACUCAAGUCUACAUCCCCGGUGAUUGUUCCUGUAAAGCACAAUGCAGACCCCCUUCUCUCGGCUUUCCAGCCCCUUCGUUCGGGCAAGCUUGUCUCGGUAACGACCUCAUCCUCGAUCCUGGUCCGCUCCGUCCCCCACCUCUACAAGCUCGCACAAUAUCCUGUCGUCUUGCACGUCGCCCUUCAACCAGCUGGCUACCCUGACUACUCAGACAUCACCUCGAUCAGACAGUCUGGAUUCACCUUCCUCCAAUCUGAGUCAUUGCAAGAGGCACAGGAUCUUGCUGUGACAGCACACGCUCUGGCCAUCAAGUCUGGCAAGGGUGUCAUCCACUUCUUCGACUCUGCCAAUAUCUCCAACGACAACCCCAUCACACAGGAAGACAGAGAGCUUGUAAAAAAGAUUUUGAACAUCGAGCAACACCCCGCAGCUGCAUCGACAGAGUCUAGUCUCUAUGCAGAUGAGGGCAGGGUUGCCACCCGCACUACCGCUGUUUCUACUGGCGUCAACGGUUCAGUCACACCCGAGCGUACAGGAGCAUCAAAUGAAAAGUCUGUCUCUGCGCCGAUCAGCGAUCGUGAGUCAUCUAGUAGCUCCAGCUCUGACGGUCGCAAUGGCAGCAGUGAUGGUGCAUCAGUCGUGUCUUCCAACGCCACUUCUGUGGAGUCUGUUUCCAGCCGCCCCAUCACUUCCGAGGAUAUUGAUAACUUCGCCACCCAGAUCUGGUCUGAACUGUUCGAGUCGACUGGGAGACAGUACAAGGCUUUCGAAUACUCUGGACCCGUGGAUGCUGAAUCGGCCGUUCUCUUGUUCGGAUCCGACACCGCCCUCUUUGCUCAAGAAGUUGACAAGGCCACCUCCUCCGAUGAGUUCUAUGGUGCUGGUAUUGUCACUGCCCGUCUUUACAGACCCUGGUUGGGCUCAAAGCUCCUUCAGACUCUGCCCAAGAGUUUGAAGAGAAUCGCCGUCCUUGAGCAGAUCCGUCGCAAGACUACUCGCUGGGGUCCCCUCCUCCUCGAUCUUCUUGUCACCAUCAAGGCAUCAGGUAACGGUGGCCCUCUGAUUGUUGGUCACCAACUUGGAUACAUCGAGCCUUCCACUAUUCGUCAGGCACUCAAGGGUAUCUUCCAAAACCUGUCUUCACCUUCACCUAUCCAGAACCUCGAAAUUGGUAACCACGAGGGUCCCAAGGAGAACGAGAAGGAUUUUGAAUUGGAGCAACCCAAGGUUGAGAAUGCAUACAUGAAGAUUCUUGACCAGCUGUUCGGCGAGCGUCUCUACGUUGCCAACAGAAUCGGUGCCGACAAUGCAGGUGUCUCGAGCGAGAUUAGUGCAAACCCUGAGUACGGUUUCGGUUCCCUUGUCGCUCGUACCGAGCACAGAGACCGUUUCAUUUCUGAGGUGCAGACUGCUGCCAAGUCUGGUGACUUUGCCACCGAGGCUCCUAAGCAGCAGCUUUCACAGUGGUUGCUCGAGGCUCAACAGGCCUCAAAGGCAAACAGCCUUGCACCCGAGGUCAUCUCCGGUCUUGACAGCGACAAGUCUGCUCUGGCUACCGAGCUUCUUUCCAACAAGGGACUUUUCUACAAGGAGUCGCAAUGGCUUAUUGGUUCGGACGCAUGGUCUUACGACUUGGGCAACUCUGGUGUCCACCACGUCCUUGCAUCUGACAAGAACGUCAACAUGCUUAUCAUUGACUCGCAGCCUUAUUCAGAGAGAGCUGCCGCCGAUGCCGCCAGAAGAAAGAAGGACAUUGGUUUGUACGCCAUGAACUUUGGCAACGCUUACGUAGCCUCCGUUGCUGUUUACAGCUCUUACACCCAAGUCUUGCAGUCAAUGCUCGAGGCUGAGCAGUUCAACGGACCUUCGGUUGUCGUCGCAUACCUUCCUUACAGCAAGGAAACCGACUCGCCGCUGUCUGUCCUGCAAGAGACCAAGAAGGCUGUUGAUAUCGGUUACUGGCCUCUUUACAGAUGGAACCCUCGCGCAGAGGAGAACGGCGAGGAGAACUUCCAGCUUGAUUCUGAGCGCAUCAGACAAGAGCUCAAGGAGUUCCUCAAGAGAGACAAUUACCUGACUCAGCUCAUGAAGAGACACCCUCAAUUCAGCGCGAACCUUUCCCAAUCUUACGGAUCGGAGGUUCGCCAGGUUCAGAAGCGCAAGGCCAAGGACUCUUACAGCAAGCUCCUUGAGGGCUUGCAGGGCGCUCCUCUGACUAUCCUGUUUGCUUCAGACAAUGGUAACUCGGAGAACCUUGCUAAGCGUUUGGGUAACCGCGGCAAAGCCAGAGGUCUUAAGACCAUGGUCAUGGCUAUGGAUGAUUACCCUCUGGAGGACCUCUCAACUGAAGAGAAUGUCGUCAUGAUCAGCAGUGUUGCUGGUCAGGGUGAGUUCCCCCAAAACGGCAGAAACUUCUGGGAGGGCGUCAAGAACUCCACCGAUCUUGACCUUGCCAGCGUGAACUUCUCCGUCUUUGGUCUUGGUGAUAGCCACUAUUGGCCUAGAAAGGAGGACAAGAUUUACUACAACAAGCCUGCAAAGGAUCUAUACGCCAGAGUGGUCACACUUGGUGGCAAGUCUCUUGUCGACUGUGGCCUUGGUGAUGACCAGGACCCUGACGGUUAUCAGACUGCUUACAACGAAUGGGAGCCCAAGCUCUGGGACUCACUGGGUGUUGGUAACGUUGAGGGCCUUCCCGAUGAGCCCCCACCAAUCACCAACGAAGACAUCAAGAUUGCAUCCAACUUCCUCCGCGGUACCAUUGUCGAGGGUCUCCAGGAUCAAUCCACCGCUGCCAUCUCUGCUGCCGACCAGCAGCUUACCAAGUUCCACGGUACAUACAUGCAGGACGAUCGUGACAUCAGAGAUGAGCGCAAGGCUCAAGGUCUUGAGCCCGCAUACUCUUUCAUGAUUCGUUGUCGCCUGCCUGGUGGUGUCGCUACUGCCGACCAAUGGGUCCAGAUGGAUGCUAUCGCCUCGACAUUGGGUAACGAGACCAUGAAGCUGACCACUCGUCAAACCUUCCAGUUCCACGGUGUGGUCAAGACCAAGCUGAAGCCUGCAAUGCAGGCCAUCAACAAGGCUCUCAUGACCACCAUUGCCGCUUGCGGUGAUGUCAACCGUAACGUCAUGUGCAGCAGUUUGCCUGAGCACUCUGAGUACCACGCAGAAGUUCACGCCAGCUCCAAGUUGAUCAGCGACCACUUGUUGCCUGCUACUACCGCGUACCACGAAAUCUGGCUCAAGGAUGAGAACGACGUCAAGACCCAGGUUGCCGGUGACGCUGUCCAGGACCACGAGCCCAUGUAUGGUCCCACCUACCUGCCUCGCAAGUUCAAGAUUACUAUCGCCAUUCCUCCUCACAACGACACUGAUGUCUACGCUCACGAUGUUGGUCUUAUCGCUAUCAAGGGUGAGGACGGCCACCUUGCUGGAUUCAACUUGCUUGCUGGCGGUGGUAUGGGUACCACUCACAACAACAAGAAGACCUACCCUCGCACUGGUAGCAUGCUUGGUUACGUUUCCAAGGAUAAGGUCCACAUUGCUUGCGAAAAGGUCAUGCUUGUCCAGCGCGACAAUGGUGAUCGUAAGAACCGCAAGCACGCCCGUCUGAAGUACACCAUGGACGACAUGGGUGUCGACGUCUUCAAGUCAGAGGUUGAGAAGUACUGGGGUGACAAGUUUGAGGAGCCUCGUGCCUUCCACUUCAAGAGCAACAUCGACACUUUUGGCUGGCAGAAGGAUGAGAACGGCAACAACCACUUCACCAUGUUCAUUGAGAAUGGACGUAUCGAGGAUACUGCUGACUUCCCCAUGAAGAGUGGCCUGCUCGAAAUCGCCAAGGCUCACAAGGGUGAGUUCCGCCUCACCGGUAACCAACAUCUCAUCUUGUCCAACGUCACCGACGAGGAGUUGCCCAAGAUGAAGGAGAUGUUGGCCAAGUACAAGCUGGACAACACAAACUUCAGCGGACUCCGCCUUAGCAGCAGCGCAUGUGUGGCCUUUCCCACUUGCGGCCUUGCCAUGGCUGAAUCCGAGCGCUACCUGCCCGAGCUCAUUGGCAAGCUUGAGGGUGUGCUCGAGGAGAACGGUCUUCGUCAGGACAGCAUCGUGAUGCGCAUGACUGGAUGCCCCAACGGAUGUGCUCGUCCUUGGCUCGCCGAGGUCGCCUUCGUUGGUAAGGCCUACGGCGCGUACAACAUGUACCUUGGUGGCGGUUACCACGGCCAGCGCUUGAACAAGCUCUUCCGCAGCUCUAUCAUGGAAGAGGAGAUUCUCAGCAUCAUGAAGCCGCUGCUCAAGCGUUACGCAGCUGAGAGAAACGACGGCGAGCAAUUUGGAGACUUCUGUAUCCGUAUUGGCAUGAUCAAGCCCACCACUGAGGGCAAGUACUUCCACCAAGACACGGCCGAAGUGGAAUCCGAUGAGGAGUAG